AUGGUGUCGUCUUCUACAAGCCCGCGACAGGUUCCGACAGGAUGGCUACGACGCGUUGCGGAAGAUCAAUCGGAACCACCGAGACUUUAUGCUUGGCGGCUCACGAACUUGGCUGACGGCGCAAAUUACGCCCGUAAAUCGCUUGAAGUGGGAGUGGGAGUGGGAGUGGGAGUGGGAGAAAUACCAACCCCAGACGAUGAGCGCCGCCGCAUAUACAUCCUAGGCGUCGGAAACAUCGGUCGUCUGUACGCGAGCUUUCUUGCUAAGAAUGAUCCCCGGCCGCCGAUUACCUUGGUCGUCCAUCGGCGGGAACUCCUAGACCAGUGGAAAGCCCAUCCGGGUAUCGAGCUGGUGCGCGACGGUAAGACGGAGCGAAACCCCGCGUUCCGCAUCGAAUGGUGGACCGACGCUCAGCCGACGCACGGCCCUGUUAGGGAACCGGGCUCGGGCUACGGCAUCAGCAAUCUAAUCGUAGCUACUAAAGCUCCGGAUGCUAUCCCGCAGGUCGACCGCGUGAGACGGUAUCUCGAUGGCCGGUCGACCGUCGCGUUCGCGCAGAACGGCAUGUGUAAGCUCUGGCCGCCGCUGGGAGAAGUAUACGUCGCGACGCGGUUUGGCCAAGGUAAAGAAGGUCCGCGCUGGCUUGCGUGCGUGACGACCCAUGGCGUCACGUCGCUCGGGCCAUUCCGUAGCGUCCAUGCGUCGCCUGCGGACGUGCGCGUAGGGUCCGUGAUGGUGCGCGGUGGGGAUGGCCAGGUUGGCAAUGGUAGUAAUAAUGGAGACGGAGAUAAAGACAAAGAUAAAGAUAAAGAUAAAGAUGACUACCUGGCAGCGCAGAUCGUCGGUGCGCCGGGGUUAGCUGCGCGGAGAGUCGCGACGCGGGAGUUGUGGGUGGCGCAGCUGGAGAAGCUGGUGGUUAAUGCGGUGGUUAAUCCGCUGACGGCGGUGCUGAGGUGUAAGAAUGGGGAGAUUUUUGAGGAGCGCGGGGAUGGGUUGGGGGAUGUUGUUGAGAUGUUGGUGGAUGAAGCGAGUCGCACGCUGAGAGCGCUAGUAGGACAUCGGAGUAGCGAGGGUAUAUUACUUGCGCAAGAUAUCGAUGGGAAAGAAGAUGAUGUAGUGACGGGGGCAGCCGCGGAAGAGAGUCUCGAAAGAACACGAGAGGAACUUCUAGAGAGAUUCUCUUCCGCGCGGUUGCGGACAAUGCUCUACAGUGUUGGCGAGAAGGUGGCGGCGAACACGAGCUCGAUGUUACAGGACGUACAGGCUGGCAAGAAGACCGAGAUCGAGGACUUUAACGGCUGGCUCGUGGAGACGGCGUGGUAUCUUGGAGACGAGGACGGACUACCUGUCAACGAGAAGUUGAUUUCGUUGGUUGAAGACGCGGCGGUGCGAACCAGAGGUGAGUUGGUUAAAGAGCUUCAAGGUAGUCGGAGCUAG